GUGUACCCUGCCAGUGAACAACACCCCGCUCUCCCAGUGGCCAAUUCGACUUGGCUUUUUCCUGGCUUUCCGGACGGGCUCUGUUGCACCAGUUUAUAAAAUUGAUAACGGGAUAAAUGUUUGCAACGAUGAAGGCUAGGCAGUGGGUGGCGCUGUAGAAACGCAGUUUUGGACAGCUGCCCGUAUUAGGCGAAAUGGACCCGCCUGCUCCUAGUGAGCAGGCUGUGGGAUCUAUCAAGCAAAUCAACAAGCAGUCGAUUCACCGCAUCUGCUCGGGGCAGGUUAUCCUGGACCUCGCGACCGCAGUGAAGGAGCUUGUGGAAAACGCGCUGGAUGCAGGGGCCACCAACAUAGAGGUCCGGCUCAAGGACUAUGGCGCCUCGCUCAUAGAGGUCGCGGACAACGGCCGCGGCGUGCCGCCCGCCGACUACCAGGCUCUUACGCUCAAGUACCACACCUCCAAGAUUGAGUCAUUUGAUGACCUGGCGUCCGUCUCCACCUACGGCUUCCGCGGCGAGGCCCUCAGCAGCCUGGCCGCCCUCAGCGCCCUGGCCGUGGUCACCCGCACGCCCCAGCAGGCGGCGGGCGUGCGGCUGGAGUACGACAAGGAGGGCGUGCUGACCAGCCGCGCCCCCGCCGCCCGGGGCGUGGGCACCACCGUGGCCGUGAAGGACCUGUUCAGCAGCCUUCCCGUGCGUCACAAGGAGUUUCAGCGGAACAUCAAACGCGAGUUCGCCAAGGCCGUGUCGGUGCUGCAGGCCUACGCGCUCAUCGCAACCCACGCCCGCAUCAUCGUGACGAACCAGGCCGGCAAGGGCGCGGCCCGCAGCACCGUCUUCACUACCUCCGCCCCCGCAGCCGUAUACGAAGGCUACGUCUCUGCCGCCGCUGCCCCAACAGCAGCAGCAGCAGCAGCCGGUGGCGGCGGCGGCAACCAGGCGGCAGCGCCCUCCCGCUCCCCCUCUGGUGCGGUCCCUUCCAAGGCCCCAGCCGCGGCCCCGCUGCCCGGCUGCCUGUCGGUGGUGCUAUCGGCCCUCGCCGCCUCGCCUGUCGCCGCAGCCGCCGCCGCCGCCGCUCAGGCAGAGCAGCAGGACGCAGAUCCCGCGGCCGUGGCCGCAGGCGCGGAGGCGCAGGCGCAGGGCGACGCAGCGGAGCCGAGCGCUGACCCCAGCAGCCUCAGCCUCAGUGGCAGUAGCGGCAGUAGCGGAUGUAGCGGCAGUAGCGGCAGUAGCAGUGGACGGCGGCGGCAGGUGGCCGCCAUGCUGGCGGCGUUGCGUGACAACUGCGUGUCGCUGUUCGGGGGGCGGGCGGCGGAGGCGCUGGAGCCGCUGGUGGUGGGGCCGGAUGAGCAAACGGGCGUGGCGCUGGUGGGCUGGGUGUCCCGCGCCGGCUGCGGCCUCAGGGGCGACGGCGGGCGGCAGUUCUUCUUCCUCAACGGCCGACCCGUGGACCUGCCCAAGGCCGCCAGGGUGCUGAACGACUCGUUCCGCUCUCUGUCCUCGCCCGCGCACGCCGCCUCCUGCCGGGCCAUGGCGCUGCUGGCGCUGCAGGUGCCGCGCGGCGAGGUGGACGUCAACGUCACGCCCGACAAACGCAAGGUGUUCAUGGCGGCGGAGGAGCGGCUGUGCGGCCUGCUGCAGCAGGCGCUCGCGGCGCUGUGGGAGCCCUCCCGCUGCACCUUUGCCGUCAACCAGCCGCUUCAGAUGGCCUCAGGUCCGGGGGCGGGGGCCCUCCUGGCCGGCGGCGGCGGCGGAGGAGCAGGCGGUGGAGCAGGCGGCGGCGGUGGAGGCGGAGGUGGGGGCAGCCGCCUGGUGGCGGGCGGGUGUGGCAGCGGCGUCGGCGGCGGUGGUGGCGGUGGGCUUGGGGCUGGGUUUGGGGCUGGGGGUAUCGGGCGGCGGCAGGUGCAGCUGCCGGUGGUGCGUGGCGGCCGUGUGGGUGGCGGGCGGGCGGUGGCGGCGGCGGCGGCGGCGGCGGUGCAGGAGCAGGAGGAGGAUGCAGAGGCAGCGGCUGGGGCUGAGGAGGAGGCUGGGCAGGAGGCUGGGGAAGAGGAGGAGGGGGCACCGGCUGCCAGCACGCCGCCAGCCAAGCGCGCGCGCCGCGAGCCUGGGGGUGACACGAGCACGGGUGGACUGCGUUCCGAGCUGGAGGAGGGGCAGGAGGAAGCUGGACUGCGGGAACAGCGGCAGGGCGGUGCGGACGGUGAAGAUGAAGCCGAUGACGACGGCGGCUGCGGCGGUGGCGGCGGCGGCGGCUUGCGGUACCCAGCCGCGGCGGCGGCCGGGGCCGUGGAGCCGUCGCCUUGCGCGGGUGCCGCGUCCCGGCAAGGGGCACAUGCGGCGGCGCCGUACCGGCACCCCUUCCUAUCCAUGUUCGGUGGCUUCGCGGCAGGCGGCGCCAAGGCCGCUCCGGCGUCCGCACCCGUGGCAGGUGCAGCCGACGCAGCUGUCGCCGAAGCAGUAGCAGCAGCGGCAGUAGCAGGAGGAGUAGCGGCAGUAGCAGGAGCAGCGGCAGUGGCACCAGGCGGCCCGCCGGCCACGCCAGGCGCCCGGCCGAGCUCGUCUCAGCUGCAGGCGGCGGCUGGUGGCGAUGAUGGCGGUGGUGAUGACUUCAUGGAGGUGGAGGAAGCUGCGGACGAGGUGGCUGCGGCGGAUGAGAUGGAUGAGGCAGAUGAGGAGAGGAAGGCGGAGCAAAGGCGGGAAGAGGAUGGGAUUGGGGGCGCAACCACAGAGGGGGCGGGGCAGGCAGCAGCAACGGCAGCGGCAGCGGAGGGUGUAGGGGCAGAGGCAGCGGCGGCGGCCGCGUGGGUGGGCGCCGGCGCCGCGCCGCCUGCGGCGGUGCUGCGGCUGUCUCCUGGGUGCCUGCAGCAGCAGACGGCGGCGCGCGUGGCGUUUCUGCGUGAGCAGCAGGCGCGGCUGCAGGUGCGGGUGCAGCAGGAGCGGGAGGAGCAGGCGCAGGAGGCGGCUCGGCAUCGCUUCGCGCAGUCGUCCUUGCAGGACGGCUCCGGGCCCACCGGCGCUUUUGACGGGGCAGAUGACGCGGCGGCGGACCCCGAGGAGGGCGGCGGCGGCAGCGGUCGGGCCGGCGGUGGUGGUCUGACGCGCGCUGAGCGGGAGGCGGCUGCUGAGCGGGAGCUGGAGCGCGUGUUUAGCAAGCAGCAGUUCAGGGAGAUGCGGGUCUUGGGCCAGUUUAAUCUGGGAUUCAUCCUGGCGGCUCACGGCCGAGACGUGUUUAUCGUGGACCAGCACGCCGCGGACGAGAAGACCACCUUUGAGCGGCUGCAGCGCUCCGUGGCCCUCACGCGGCAGCCGCUGCUGGCCCCCAUGCCGCUACCGCCCGGGCUGCUGCUGCCGCUGGACCAGCUACUCAUACGGGAGCACAUCGACGUCUUCCGGCGCAACGGCUUUGACUUCGUGCAGCGCACACCCGCCGGCCGGCUCGUGCCCGUGCCCUCGCCGGCGCCCGCGCCCGCGCCCGCACCCGCGCCCCUGUCACCAGCUGUGCCCGCCGCACCGGCUGCUGCAGCGAGUGCGGCUGCUGCGGCUGCUGCGGCUUCAGCAGGUGGAGCCGGUGGUGAGGAGGAGGGCGCGCCCGCCUCGCCCACCGAUGCCGCCGCCGAUCCGGAGCUGAGGGAGCCGGAGGAGGGGGAGGGGCAGCGAGGCCCGGCCAUAGAAACGGACGGCGGCGCGUUGGCGGGCAGCGCUGGCGGCAGCGGCGAUACGGAUGUUGUCAUCCUGGACGCAUCAGACGGCGGAGUGGAUGCCGGUGACGGCGGCGGUGACGGUGACAUCAUGGAGGACGGCGGCGGCGGGAACGGCGGGGGCGGCGGCGAGCUGCUGCUGUCGUGUGUGCCGGUCAGCCGGGCCACGGGGCAGCUGGGUGUGGAGGACGUGGUGGAACUGGCGGCGCUCAUCAGGGCGAGGGAGGAGGGAGGGGGAGGCGGCGGUGGUGGAGGAGGAGGAGGAGGAGGAGGAGGGGCAGGCGGCGGUGCGGCUGCCGACAGGUCGUGGGAGCAGGAGCUGCGGCCAAGCAAGGUUCGUGCCAUGCUGGCCAGCCGCGCCUGCCGAAGCUCCAUCAUGGUGGGGAGACCCCUGGACCGGCCCCAGAUGAGGCGCGUGCUGGACCGACUGGCGGAGCUGCGCCAGCCCUGGAACUGCCCCCACGGCCGCCCCACCAUGCGGCACGUGUGUGUGCUGCCGCCCGAGCCAGCAGGCCUGCCGCCCGCGUGAGAGUGGGGGUGGGGGCGCAGCCGCACAGGGGGAGAGGGACACGACGCAGCAGCGGGCCAGGAGGGGCACGAAGCAGCGGGGCGGGGCGGCAGCGGUGUGUGUGCGGGCUGGUGUGCUAGAUCGCUAGUGUUUUGGGUAUGCGUGUGCAUGCGUGAGUGUGUGUGCGUGCGUGUGUGUGUGUGUGUGUGUGUGUGUGUGUGUGUGUGUGUGUGUGUGUGUGUGUGUGUGCGUCAGUGCGUGUGCCACGUGGGUGCAUACAGUAGGUUGCAGCAGCUGCGUUGACACGUGGCUGGUGGUGGAGGCGGCGGGACGGGUCAAGACACAGGAGCAUGCGUAAUGGAGCGCGCCGGAGCGCGUUGCACCCAUGGGCCGGGAGACAAAGACCUGGGGUUGCGGGGAGCGGGGGCGUUGGGUCUGUGUCGUGUCUGUGGCUGCGUGCGACCGAAUGAACGCCCUCGCGCGCAGAUGGUUCAGGAAGGAGCGUGCAGGCGGUGCGAUGGGACAGGGUUGCGUAGGGGCAACAGGUUUGCGUAGUCCCGUAAUGUGCGGCGCAUACCAAGACCCCAGCAUUGAGCAAUUGAGUUGCGCCGUCACGGCAUGAGCGCGCGGCUGGUCGAGUGCCGGAGUUGCUAUACCAAGGCGUCGCUGGCUUGUUGGCGGGCUGGUACUUGCUGACGCGCAUUCGUCACAGGGGUCGUAUCUUGUUUUCGGGGUAAUGUCUAGCUUAUGCAAGAACGGCCAGGUGGCCGCCGUCUUUUGUCUGGGCACAUGGCGGUUUGAAGGCUUCUCCAUAGGUGUUCGGACAAAACCCGAGACAUUAGCCCCCAGGCAGGGUUGCGUAGUUCGUAGUACGCGUACUAUAUACUAUGUCCUGUACUACGUACUGUACGCUGCCCUCGUCGGAUAGUACGUGAGGAAAAUACGUUGUGCUGGGGAAACCAGCGGGGUGGGCCGUGGCAGCGCAGUGGCGGGCGAGGGACGCGAGGGGUGCUGGAAAGGAUGUCCGUCGAAGUUCGCGAACCAUGGCUGCUCUCCGCACUGCAGCUGUGUUUUCUUAUAACAAUAUGAGUAUAAUAAUUUGAAGGAAAUUCCACUAGAAGACUAUGGCCGCACAAAUCCAAAUUCACACCGUUUCGGGCAUGGUGCGGGCACGCGCGCGUGCCAUGUUUGCACCGGCUUUCCCCCCGGAUUUCGUAGCCCAGCGUAUUGUGCAACGUAUUUUAACGUACUGUACUAGAAAUCCUAGCACGCUGUAUUAAUACGCGUGUUAUGGAUGCGGAUUACAAUUGAAUACGCGUGUUAUGGAGAGAGGGUCGCGUACUAGGCAACCCGGGAAGGCGCUGCUGUGACUGCGUGACUGGGUCAUAGGAUGGGAGGGACAACGCCGCAGCGUAGCGGAGUGGCGUGGCAAUUGCAAGGGCGCACGGUGGCAGCCCCGUCGCAGGCCAGCCAGUUAGAGAACGUCGGGUAGGGUGCGCGGUGCGGGCGCUGCUCGUGAGGGCGUGUGAGGGUGUCCCCAAUUGCAUGUGAGU